AUGGCCUACGAGCCGCUGCGCGGCUCAUGCUCCUGUGGUCGCAAUGAAUAUCAAGUCAACAUCCCAGACGAUGUGACAGAACAUGCCGAGGUCUACUUCGAUAGCAGCCGAGACAACCGUCGAUUCCACGGCACACCUCUUUCGGCAUGGCUGCGCGUGCCUCUUGACUGGUACGAGUCUUAUACUCAAUCCUUCUUCCCGGAUGAAUCCCACUCCUCCAUCCGCCGGAGAUUCUCGCCCCGUCAUGCUCCUCAGACUCAGCGAGUGUUCUGUGGUUACUGUGGAACGCCAUUGACAUUCUGGACAGAGGAGCCGCGCGAGGAAUCAAACUUCAUGUCUAUUACCAUUGGAAGCUUGCUCUCUGAAGACCAGCGGGCUUUGGCUGAUCUAGAUCUGCUUCCGGAUGACUUCGAUGAAGAGGCCCCACGUGCUGGAGUCUCGGCCUCCUCUGCUCUGGCACCGGCAGAGGCUCCCACUUCUUCAGUCAUUAUUCCGUCUUUUGAGGAGCCCAAAAUUUCCAGGAGCUUCCAACACGGCACAACAAGGGGUAUCCCUUGGUUUGAAGAGAUGGUGGAAGGAUCUCGUUUGGGUCGCUUGAUGCGAUCUCGGCAUGGGAAGGGAGUUAGUGAUGAUCAGUCUACUUCGGUUGAAUGGGAGAUUAGCGAAUGGCAUGAUGACGGAUCUGUAUUUGUACGACAGGAAUCGGAGUCCAGUGGAGGGUCUACUGGGAAAAGAAAGCGGGUGACCCAGGCCGAUGUCGAGGAGUCUGAGUCUCCCUCGAAGCGUGUUGAGUAA